CAGCAGGUACUACACAUUUUACAUAUAUAAACUCGUAUACAUCCUUCUUUCUCCUCCAACACAAACUUCAUGCAACCAAAGAACGUGUGUUUGUGGUUGAGCAUGCAGUAUCUUUGAGAAAACGACAGGUACGCUCGCAUUUAUGUGCCACGGACAAGAAAGAUAGCAUUUGUGGAGAAGCAGCAGGAUGAUUAAUUGCAUCCCAGCAUGCAUUUAAUUUCCUCUCCCUCAUUGCAUAUCUAUUUCUGAGUUCUGAUUCUAAUCUCUGAAAAGUCGUAAGAUUUAGUCUUCUGCUUCAAGUAGUUUGACGUUUUUGUUGUCUUUUUGAUUGUUUGUUAAUCGGAUUGCUCUGAUAGUUUUCAUGGUGGUUUCUCAGAUGGGGAAAUCAGUGGAAGAGGAGUACUUGUGUGCGAUCCGAACCAGUUCCUACACCAACUUGUGCCUCCAGGUCGAGGAGGCCUUGUCAGCGUCGGCAUCGGCGCCGUCUCCGUCUCCGGACUACACUGUCCUUCUGCAGCCGGACCAGGAGACGCUCGCUGGCAUCAUCCGCGAUGCGCAGCCACGGCUGCCGCGCCUCGUCGUCGCUUUCUUCAACACCACCUCCCGCGCCUGCCGCUCCUGCGGCUCUCUGCUCGACUCCAUCCACAGCGCGCGCGCGAACCAGGCGCAGCUGGGAGAGGCCCGCUUCGCUGCCGGGGCAGGCGGCGGAUCCUUCGCCAUCGCAGGGCUCCGGCGGUUCCGCCGGCAGCGGAACCCCUUCAGUGAGGAGGUGGAGCUGGACGACCCGGUGGCGCAGCAGCUGAUGAUGACGCAUCGGCAGCUGGCGGUGAGUCGGGGGAGGCAGCGGCGGCGGAGGAUGGCGGCGCGGUUUUGUGGCGGGAGGGAGGGGGCCGAGGAGGAGGGGAGGGAGGCGGCGCAGGUGGGGGCGGCUGCACGGGGUGCGUUCGCGUUGGAGAGGGACAUGGACACGUUGGGGAGCAUGGUGAGGAGGGUGCGGGAGGAGAUCGAUCACGCGCGACAAGUGAUCAGGAUGCUGAUGGUGGCGGAGGCUGAGGAGGAGGAGGAGGAUAAGGAGUGGCCGUCAGGGGUGGAGCGGGUGCUGGUGAUGGCGGAGGAGGUGGUGCGGGAGCUGGGAGCGAGGGAAAGAGGGUUGAUGCAGCAGCUGAGGGAGCUGGAGGAGUACAUCUUCUUGUGCUUCAUCAACAUAAACAGGACUAGGAGAAUGGUGGUGCACCACAUCCAACUUCGCCACACGUCUCAAUGAGCACUAUCCUACUGUCGGAUGCCGCCAGCCAUUCGAAUCCCAGCCACACAAUAUCUAUCGUACUGCCGAGAUCAAUUGAACCAGAAGCUCAUGUUUGUUU